UUCAACAAGAACAAAAAUUAGAUUAGUGAAGUAUUGAGCAAUCAAUCAAUCCAGAUUAGAUGAUCUCUCAUUACCCGUCUGUUUAUCGAUCGAGCUACCCUUCAAACCAAACAAUCAAUCGGAUUGAGAUUCAAAUUACCGAAUUGAAAUUCCGCGCUAUGACGGAAGUUUAUGUUCGAGGAAGCAAAAAUAUUGUUGAUUAUGGUCCAAGAUCAAUGACCAAAGAGACUGACCUCACAUACAAUUUCCACCUACUCUAUUGCACUAGCAAAUGCGUUUUCUUUAUCUUAAACAUAAGCAUGGGGAGAAUGAUUAUAUUUGUAUAACAUGCAUCAUCUUCUUAAGUCUCCAUUUUCUCACCACUAUCUAUCACUAUCCCUUUCUCUUCUCUCUCUGUUUCUCUCUCUUCUCUCUCUGUCCUAACGACCUGAUUGCAUUAGACAGGAAAGAAAAGGAAUGCAAGAGAUGAGAGUUACGGGGUUUAGAGUUCUUCUCUUGGUUUCUUGUUUCUUCUGCAAAUCCAAAGGAGCUAUUGUUCCUGCACUCAUUAUGUUUGGUGACUCCAUUGUUGACGUUGGCAACAACAAUAACUUACUCAGCAUUGUCAAAUCCAACUUUCCUCCUUAUGGCAGAGACUUCAUCGACCAAAGACCCACCGGAAGAUUCUGCAACGGAAAACUCGCAGUAGAUUUCUCAGCCGAGUACCUUGGUUUCUCUUCAUACCCACCUGCAUUCCUAAGCCGAGAAGCAAGUAACGAGACUCUCCUGAUCGGCGCCAACUUUGCAUCAGCUUCUUCAGGAUACUAUGAUGCCACAUCUGUUCCAUUUGGCGCGAUCUCCUUAACAAGACAGCUGAGCUAUUACAGGGCGUAUCAAAACAGAGUAACAAGAAUGAUCGGGAGGGAGAAUGCGCGCAGGCUGUUCUCUAGAGGUAUCCACAUUUUGAGUGCGGGAUCUAGCGACUUUCUUCAGAACUAUUACAUCAAUCCUCUACUCAACAUCCUAAAUACACCUGAUCAGUUCGCUGACAUUCUCAUGAGAUCCUACUCAGAAUUUAUCCAGAAUCUGUAUGAACUAGGAGCAAGGAGAAUCGGAGUGAUAUCGCUACCGCCGAUGGGUUGCCUGCCUGCAGCUAUCACUCUUUUCGGUGCAGGAAACAAAAGUUGUGUUGAGAGACUGAACAACGAUGCUAUCAAGUUCAAUACCAAACUUGAGACCACAACCCAGUUAUUGAUGAAUAGACACUCAGGCCUCAGGCUCGUCGCCUUUAAUGUCUAUCAACCUUUCCUGGACAUCAUCACCAACCCAAUUGACAAUGGAUUCUUUGAAACAAAAAGGGCAUGCUGCGGAACAGGAACAAUAGAAACAUCGUUCCUUUGCAAUUCUCUAUCCCUAGGAACGUGUGUAAAUGCCACAGGAUAUGUGUUUUGGGAUGGAUUUCACCCCACAGAGGCUGUAAACGAGCUGUUGGCUGGUCAACUACUGGGUCAAGGGAUUUCUCUAAUCAAUUGAAUUGAGUCGUCCCAGUUGGAUUGAAUUCAAACUGUAUACCUACAAAUAGCUACCAAAGUGUGUGUCUCUCUCUCUCCCUCUUCUCUCUUUGCUCUUUUUCUCUCUAUAUGUAUAACUCACAAAUAAGAAACAGAUUGUGUGCGCGUGUGUGUGACUGAAUGUAGAAACUACCAAUCUGGUCUGUGUGACUGUGUGAUGGUCUAUAGGUCCAAGCUUUGUUUAUGAAGAUCACAAUCUUUGGUAUUUUA